CCAGUCCACUAGAUGGCAGCACUUACAUAGUGUGGUCUUGGCGGUUUACAAUAACGAAUAAACCAAACUGUGCUACUACUUCCUUAUCACGCUUUGCGACAUAAUUUAAAUUUAUUAUACAUUCUGUCUAAACCAUACUUGUUGAUCAACAGAAAUGGCUGGAAUACCGCCGGAUUCUUGGCAGCCCACCACAGUAUCGUUUGAUACAACGAUGGGAACUAUCGCGCUAGAACUGUACUGGAAUCAUGCACCAAAAACAUGCAAGAAUUUCGCAGAGCUGGGCAGAAGAGGAUAUUACAAUAAUACCAAGUUCCACCGCAUCAUCAAAGACUUCAUGGUUCAAGGGGGCGAUCCAACAGCCACAGGUCGUGGUGGUGCUUCUAUAUACGGCAAGCAGUUUGAGGAUGAAUUGCAUCCAGAGUUGAAAUUUACAGGUGCUGGAAUUCUUGCAAUGGCCAACGCAGGACCAGAUACAAAUGGAAGCCAGUUCUUCCUCACAUUGGCUCCCACACAAUGGCUGGAUGGGAAACACACUAUAUUUGGACGGGUCUGCCAAGGCAUUGGAGUUCUGAAUCGUAUUGGCAUGGUUGAAACCAACAGUCAGGACCGUCCUGUGGAUGACAUUAAAAUUCUCAGAGUGAAUGUACCUAACUAAGACGUCUAACAUUUUAUGCCUUAUUUUUGUACAGCCCUUUUAUUACAUUAAACUUUCAGAGUUUUCAUAAAA